UCUUCUUCUCUGCUUGUCACUUGUCUACUGGUCACUUGUCUACUUCUUAAAGAUUCAAAUGUGCUUGAUCUGGAGAUUAGGUUUCUCAUGUUUCACAAGGACCAUAUUACACAAAAUCAUUCUGGCAUCUCCCUCAGUAAACGAGCCAACACUUGUCCAGCAGGAUAAGGUUUAUGAAUUGAAGACUACAGUGAUCAGUGCUUUCAGUUUGUAGAAUGUAGAGUUAGUGUGUUGAACUAGUUUGUAGAUUUAGUGUGUGG